GAACGUAAUUUGAGACUAGUGAGAGAGUGAGGGAGAGUUUGCGUGAGAUUGAGAAUAAUAACUUCCCGUUUCAGGUCAUUAGUUUGGUUAAAAGUACCGGUAAAGACUCUUGACUCUACAACUCUUUUCUAUAUGGUCUAGAGACGUACGAGGAACAAGGUGAGAACUCUUGUGUCGCGUGUUGAAGGAGGAGAUCAAGCGAUGGCUCACCGUCUGUUCGAGGGCAAGGAGCAUGCAGAGGCGUACCUGAGGUUCAGGGUCUCGCCCUCGGAUCAUCUCAUACAGCAGGUGGUUGACUUUGUGGAAAAGAAGGUACGACUAUCUACCUGGAAAGGGCGGCCUUUCGACUUGGCUCUGGAUGUUGGGUGUGGCUCAGGCCAGGGCAGCACCUUAUUGGCCAAGCACUUUGCGUCUGUGGUUGCAACUGACAUAAGCCCCGCCCAGAUAGAAAUGGCUGUGGCACAUGCUAGCAUGCCUAAUGUCACAUAUAAGCUGAGCACGGCCGAGGAGCUGCCACUAGCUGCCGGCUCGGUGGAUCUGGUGACCGCCAUGAGCGCCUUUCACUGGUUCGACCGCCCCCGCUUCCUCCAGGAGGCCCACAGGGUACUAAAGCCCCACGGCUGCCUGGCUCUGCUCAACUACACCCUGGACAUGGAGCUGAGCCACGAGGGCUGCCCCUCGGACACCCUGAACGCAAUCUGCGAAGAGUUCUAUGCAGCGCUGCGACCACACUUCAGCCCUCACCUGAGAACCACCUCUAAACCGCUCUACAAAGAAAGCUAUGAGGCCAUCCCCUAUCCACACAAGGAGUGGCACGACGAGCGUGUGAGAAGGACGGUUCCUCUGUCCGGCUUCAUAGGGAUGGUGGAGACGUUCUCCAACUACCGAGCCCUUCUCAAGAAAGAUCCUAAGACAGCUCGCAGGCUGUCAAGCAUCACCACACACAAGUUGAUGACAGCCAUGAAGGUGACCUCUCCAGAGACGGAGGUCGUUGUUAACUUGAAGUACUUCUAUGUUCUCGCUUGCAAACCAGCCGAGGACUGAGCCCUCAACCGCAGAAGGGUUGUGGCUUCGUCCACAGACUUUCAAUGCACCUACCAAGCAUCACAUGCUAAGAAUGUAUCAUGUAUCCAAUGUAGAUUGUGUCAUAUCCCGCUACGUCUAUUGACUGAGGAUCAUUGUCUUACAUAGUAGGGUGAAUUAAUACUUGGUCUGGUCAGGAGAAAAAAUCUGUCUGGAGAUCCUACUGGCUCUAAGUUGUCUCCAUCUUUCAAUUGCAACUCAGAGUUUUGCAGAAGUUUAAGCACAGCUCCGGUCAUGGAUCCUUUUUGAAAGAAGACUUGGCUUUUUAGGUUGGGUAGAAUCGAGUGCAAUGUAGUUUGAUCCAGUUUGUUUGGUUGCAGCACGCUGUGUUUGUGUGCCAAUUAGUUUCUUAUCUGGUGGGUGUAAAAAUGACCGCUGGGCAGAUUCGACACACGCUGUAGUAUUGUUGUCGGAGACAAACAGUAUUUUUAUUCAGCAUUUGUCUUUAAUCAUACAUAGCCUAGGCUACAGAGUCGAAGAUAAGAAAGUACACAUCCACAGCUUGAAUACCAAUCAAACAAAUCCAAUAUCACACCCAGAAAGCACUGUGGAAAGCACCAGUGAAUGUCAGUAAGCCAGCGAUAACAAUAUCCAAUAUCACUGCCCUAAAAGAUGAUAACAUUUAUACAAUAAAAGGAAUAACAUGAACAACGUAAGGUCUUUUAAAGAAGCAUUUAACAAAUUAAGCUUUUAAAAAGUGGUGGGGACAUGUACCCAAUGUCCCCAGGGCAAAUGAUGCAUCAUGGGUAUGUCCAUCAUAGGCUGGCUGUAACCAUAACCCAUGAUUACCCAUGAGGGUGUUAGACUUUCGUUACCGAACAAUUCAGACCAUCGCUGCAGAACAGCAGCGCCAUAAUAACUAGCUUCCCCCAGAGAGGAAAUUGUUAAUUAAUGCCACCACUGCCAAUGCAUUCCAUCACUGCCAAUGCAAUGUAUGACAAUUGUAACCUGACAAAAGACAAAGCCCAGAUGUUAAUUGGGGAAGCGCUGUAGAGGGGAUAUUGAUUAAGAUGUCAUAUAAUCACAAGACACUGGUUCCUGCUUGUCCUGAGGGGGGAGGGAUUGCUUAUGACCCCUUCGUGCUGCAUUAGGUUAAUUGUUCUGCCGACGAGGAGUCGUCCAUCAGAGGUCACAUGGGAAUACGAUUUACAUCUGAUGACACGGUCUGUUAUGAGCUCAGGUGAUGCAUAAAAGGGAUACACAGAAUGUGAAUUCUUGGUUGAUCAUGUGAAAACAUUUGAAUAAUUCCACUGAAUGAAAUGCUUGAAAAAUGGAAAUGACUAGAAUAGAUGAGGACACAAAAGAAGGUGUCUGGUGGAGAAUAAAUAGUUCAUAAUCGCCCAGAUAAUAAUGGUAUGUUUCAGAUUGUUCUUGGUCUUGUACAAAGGCGCCCCCAGGUGUUUCUUUUAUAAUAUUACACUGACAAAGGGAGGAGGGGUUGGCCUAGAUAGAAAAUUAAUGUUCAGCAGUAUGUCUAAAUUGUUAAAAAAAAAAUGUUGUUACAAAUACAUUUCUUAAUAAAAACGAUAUACAUUGAUUAUUGCUAGACGGA